ACCAGCUGGUCCCCCAGACCAAUAACCACAAUACCGUACCUCAUUGAAUGACCAACUGAAUAAUAAAAACCUCUUCUGGACUGUCUGUCUGCUCCCUGACAGUCUGAAUCACCAGAUAUCGUCGUUUGUUGGAGGGGAAUCUCGAUUGUGUCACACAAUGAAGUGAAUAUCAUCAGUUUCGUGCUUUGUCCUGCCCCACAAACUCGUUCCUCCUGUCAGCUCUCCCCCAACGUCCCCCAAAAGCCCCAAAAACCUCUGAUAACCUGGAGAAAACCACCAGUUCACCCCCAAACCCCAUAAAUUCAGUGUCCAAAGUGUCCAAAGUGCUCCCUAGAAGGGUUAAUUGCUCCUCAAACCUCUGAACAAAGACAAAGUCAUCAGCAAGUGCCCAACAAAGACCAGAUUUCAUUGUCACAAAAGAUUAUGACCUGAUUUUAAGGCAUGCAGAGUGUUGCCAGAUAACAAAGAACGUUCGGUUGACGAAGUCCAAGUGAGUUCGACAUCUGGGGGCGUCAUGGAGGGUGGGGUAAUGGAGACACCAGAGGCUAGUCAGAGCACAUCGAGUUAUGAAGAUUCAUCGAACAAUGGAUGCUGCCAUCCUAAGGGAUUGCCCUGGAGAUUUCUGGGGCUUGGGCUCAUGUGUCUUCUAGGGUUUGGAUCGUAUUUCUGUUAUGACAAUCCAGCUGCCCUCCAGGAUUACUUCAAGAACGACCUGGGGAUGUCCACGAGUCAGUUUGUCCUCCUGUACUCGAUCUACUCCUGGCCAAAUGUCGUUUUUUGCUUCAUUGGGGGAUUUCUGCUGGACAGUGUCUUUGGAAUUCGUCUGGGGACGAUUAUUUACAUGGGACUGGCACUUGCUGGACAACUGAUCUUCGCUACUGGUGCCAUCUUCAACGGGUUCUGGACGAUGAUGAUAGGAAGACUGAUUUUUGGAAUUGGAGCCGAAUCUCUCGCGGUAGCUCAAAACAGUUACGCAGUCCUCUGGUUCAAGGGCAAAGAGUUGAACAUGGUGUUCGGUCUUCAGCUGUCAUUCGCACGACUGGGGUCAACCGUCAACUUCCUGGUGAUGGAGCCGAUCUACGGUUACGUGGGCCAAACUUAUUCGGGUGCCCAGUGCAUCGGAGCUGUUCUGUUCCUGGCGUCGCUCACCUGCGUCUUCUCGAUGCUCUGCGCUGUGUUCCUGGGGCUCAUGGACAAACGAACGGAGACGUUACUCCGUCGAGGUCACGGUGAAGAGAAAGAGGUCAUCAGAUUGACAGAUGUCAAAUAUUUUAAUGGCAUCUUCUGGCUGAUUGCUGUUAUCUGCAUCGCCUACUACGUCGCUAUCUUCCCGUUCAUCGCGCUUGGAAAGGUUUAUUUCAUGAGAAAAUACGAGUUCAACGCAGCAUCUGCCAACACAGUAAAUUCUCUGAUUUACUCAAUCUCAGCAGUUGCAUCGCCUGUCUUCGGGUACGUGGUGGACAGACUCGGGAAGAAUGUCCUCUGGGUGUUCCUCAGCAUCACCGGGACCAUCGUGGCUCAUGGACUCUUAGCAUUUACCUACGUCAACCCCUACGUCUGCAUGAUCACAAUGGGGUUGUCCUAUUCGAUGUUGGCGAGCAGUUUGUGGCCUCUGAUUGCCCUCGUCAUCCCCGAGUAUCAACUGGGGACAGCCUACGGCAUCGCUCAGGCUGUUCAGAACCUGGGGUUGGCUGUGGUGUCGAUCCUGGCGGGGAUGAUUGUGGAUAGGGGAGGGUACCUCAUGCUGGAGAUGUUUUUCCUCGGAUGGUUGUGGGUAUCACUAGUAACAAGCGUGAUAAUAUGGGUAAACGAUGUAUCAAAAACCGGAGGCUAUCUCAACAUGACACCAAAACAACGAGAGAUCUACGAGGCUAGUCGACCAACAGUGGAUAGACUCGAGCGUGAAAAACUUUUAUCAAACGAAUCAACAUCCGACUUAUCAGCCGACGAUUUAUUACAGCCCCAAUCCGACAUAAGUAUACGAAAUCGCUAUCUCUCCAGAAUUGGAGCGACGCUCCCAGGGCCCGGUAAAGUCACUGCGUACAGAGCACUACGAUGACCGGUCGUUAAUUAGGCCCUUUAAUUUAAUAAUCCACUAAUAUCACGUGUAUCGGACGAUAAUCGAUAUUGCUCACUGUGUCUUCCCUCCCUUGUCGCAGCGUGGCAUAAUUAAUCUGUGAUACAUUGAUAGAAUUAACGUUAACGUAAGAGCAUAAUAUGCGGUGAUUCAUUUGUCAGAUAUAUUUUAUCGAGUUUCAAGGGACAAAAAAUGUUGCUGUGGGUUAAAGUUCGCUUUGUGUUGUUUUGUCUUUUGUUAUUUCGAAGGGAGAAUGAAUCAGGUCCAUUUUUUCAUUGAUUAAUUAACAAUUUGUGGUUAAUAAAUCCAGUUGAUGAUUUUUUUGUUGAGUUUAGGGGAUUUAAGACCUUGAAAAGGGAUUUCGAAGGGGAGAUUUGGAGGAAAAAAUGUCAAACCAGUGGUUUUUAAGGGAAAUAUAUUGAAAAUAAUUAGAAUAAUGUGAUGAUUAGUUCAAAAUGCACUAAAAUAGUGAAUUUUUGGUGUAAAAAUUAAUUUAAUAACUUUGAAACAUUUAAAUCCUCGGUCUCAACAACAAAAUGUCAUUAAAAAACGAUCGUCUCACGUUAAUUAACGAAUAGAAAGGUUUUGUUUUGAUUAUUUAAGGGUCAGAGACAAGAAAUUAAUUUUUUAAUGAAAUAAAAUUUGGAAUUGGAGAUGUAAAAUUUCAUAAAAUUGUUAUUAACCAAGAAAAUUUGAGUUUAAAAUUAACAACAAAAAAUUAAGAUCGUUUGGUACUUAUUUUCCUUCAAAUGUCGAUCAUUCGAUGGAAAAUGAGGUGUAAUAAUUUUUUCUUUGGUUAAUUAACAAUUUGUGGUUGAUAAAUCCAGUCGAUAGUUUUGUUGGUGAGUUUAGGGGAUUUAAUGCUAUGAAAAGGGAUUUUGAAGGGGAGAUUUAGAGGAAAAAAUGUCAAACCAGUGGUUUUUAAGGGAAAAUAUUGAAAAUAAUUAGAAAAAUGUCGUGAUUAGUUGAAGAGGGAGUAAAGUAACGAAUUUUUGGUGUAAAAAUUGAUUUAAUUAGUUGGAAAAACUUGAAUUAUUGGUUUAAAUAAUUAAAUGUCAGGGAAAAACGAUCGUUUUACGUUAAUUAACGGAUAGAAAGGUUUUGUUUUGAUUAUUUAAGGGUCAGAGAUAAGAAAUUAAUUUUUUAAUGAAAUUAUAUUUUGAAUUUGAGAUGUAAAAGUUGAUAAAAUUGUUUAAAACGAGGGAAUUCGAGUUUAAAAUUAACAACAAAAAAUUAAGAUCGUUCGGGACUUAUUUUCCUUCAAAUGUCGAUCAUUCGAUGGAAAAUGAGGCAUAAUAAUUUUUUCUUUCGUUAAUUAACAAUUUGUGGUUAAUAAAUCCACUUGAUAAUUUUUUUGUUGAGUUUAGGGGAUUUAAUACCUUGAAAAGGGAUUUUAAAGGGGAGAUUUGGAGGAAAAAAUGUCAAACGAGUGGUUUUUAAGGGAAAUAUAUUGAAAAUAAUUAGAAUAAUGUGAUAAUUACUUCAAAAUGCACUAAAAUAAUGAUUUUUUGGUGUAAAAAUUAAUUUAAUAACUUUAAAACAUUCAAAUCCUCGCUAUCAACAACAAAAUCUCAUUAAAAAACGAUCACUUCACGUUAAUUAACAGAUAAUAAGCUUUUGUUUAAAUUAUUUAACAUUCACAGCCGAGAAAUUAAUUCAUUAAAAAAAAUAAUAAUUAAAAUUCAAGACAUAAAACAAAAUAUUUAUUAAUUAACUCUCUCGCUCUCUUUCUCUCUUUCCUUUUCUCUUUCUCUGAGACAUGUUAUCAUUAUUAUUAACAAUUACAAACUACAAAUUUGAAUUAAAUUUAUUUUUGCAGUUUUAAAACGAAUUUUUUUCAGUCGAUUAAAAUUUGUUUAUGAAUUUACUCGUUUUUUUCUUCCAGUGGAGGCAAAAUUUAAUUCACAACAACAGUUUUUGUGGAAAUCUGUAAUUAUUCAUAGAUAAAUCUUAUUGUUAAUGAAGGAGCAGUGACGCACAAUAAUUAUUGAUAAAUUAUAUUGAAUAAUGAAUAAUUAAUGCGGUAGGAACUGGGAAAGGGACUGAGUGACUCCGUCGGAGUCACUUCGGCUUCUUUCACCCCGAACAACUCAUUAGCAAAUUAAUUAAUGGAGAUGCAUUUUAUAAACAAUAAGUCAUAAUGAAAUUAGAUAUAAUAUAGAGAUUAUAGGAAAUUCGGUGGAGUGCAAGUGUGUACUGUAAUUCUGUUUUGUAAUAAAACGUUUAUCAUUCCAAUUUGUUGAUGGAAUAAA